AUGGCUUCCAAUCCCAACAGCUCAUCGCCCCCCAGAAGCCUCAGUCCCAGCCCUCCACCAGCUCAAUCUCCAAACAGCAUCGACGUCGAAAAUGAACCCACUCCACUCUCGCGUCCAGCAUCUACAAAGCUUCGUUUCCUCGCCCAGGCGCCACCGCUCCGGACAACCACCACCUCAGCAGCCCAGUCCGAGUACGGCAGCAGGCGCAGCUCCUACAUAGCUCCCAUUGACCAGAUCCUCCCAGACGACCACAUCGACCCGGAAACAUUCGGCGUGGUAGAAGACCGAGAUGGAUUCUUCGACGCGCUGUUCCUGAAGCACACGCCGUUGGUGCCGGAUGGCUUUGAGGAACGAUCCAGGGCCUCGCUGCCCGCUGCUUUUGACGAAGACUCACCGCUGGCAGCUCGGCGGUUUCUGCCCAGACAGUAUCGCGAGAUCAAAUGGGUGCUCCGACGGGUCGCAACAACUCGAACCGGCCUUCGCCUGCUGAGGUCCUUUACCGCCUACUUUGCAGCUUACAUCCUGUGUCUGGUCCCGGCUGUUCGAGAGUGGUUUGGUCGCUACCACUACAUCAUCACCGUUUCUGUCAUCUUGAAUCAUCCGGCCAGGACAUUUGGUGCUCAGGUAGAAGGUGCCUUAUUCACCACCAUUGGCACAGCAGCUGGUUUGGGAUGGGGGGUUCUUGGUCUCCUAUUAUCUACGUCGACUCCCGCCGCCAGUGCAGGCUACGGCGGCAUUCUAGCACUUUUUCUCGCCUUGUUUAUGGCAGUUGUGGCAUGGAUACGCUCGUACUAUUCCAGGCUCUACCAAAUGGUGGUCUGCGCAGGUGUUGCCAUUACGUUUACUCUUUUAGCCCAGACUUCGGGCACCAUCAUCGUAUGGGAAAAACUGAGAAAUUAUGUCGUUCCUUGGCUCUUAGGGCAGGCAAUUGCGCUGCUAGUCAACUGUGCUAUCUUCCCCGACGCUGGUUCAAGACCGCUCGCUCUCAUCUUUCACCAAUCCUUUUCUCUUAUGCUGGAAGCCAUAGUCAUCCCACGUCCUCGAGAUACCAGGCUCAGGCGACGUCUAGUUCAAGCAUUCGUAGACCUAUCCGCUGCCUACAAAGACAUGCGGUCCAGUCUCACCAUAACCCGAUUCAAGCCCGCCGACGUAAGAGAGUUGCGAAAUCUAAUGCAGGCCGUCAUUCGAGCACUACUCUCCAUGGAAACAGAGAGUGCUCUCUUUAGCGAGACCGAUGAUGGGCAUGUACCUAUAGUCGUCGAAGCCACUCAAAUGUCUUCCUCAUCCUCUAGCAGCAACGAUCUCACCAACGUUACCAACGACAAGCCUCCCGAGCUGGUAAAGGAGGUGGAUGUAACCCGUAUUGUGAUUAAGAAGUUGGCAAAGCCUACCAAGGAGAUCCUCGCCUGCAUGAACCAAGGGCUACAGGCAAGCCAGGCUACACUAAUGGACCUAUCAGGCUACCGACAAUAUCUCGGCCCUCCGAGGGACGUAUCAUCCGAGAUUGCACCCGUGCAAAUUCGAAUGAGGACCGCAAAAGCAAUUUUCGAUGGCGUCGAGUCAGAACUCCUGGAAUCAGGCCAACUACCCCCCGCGUCGAUGAACGAUUCAGCCGUAGUUCAACUAUUCAUCUUCGCGAGACAUCUCCGCGAAACUGCCACCACAAUCGAAAAUCUCAUGGGAAAAGUAUGCUCCAUGCAUCAAUACUCGAACUGGCCAAAGAUUCACCCGCCGUCCUAUCCGUUACAUAAAGCCAUCCACUUUGUCAACCCUCAGGUAACCCACGACCGCGGAGGUGCCACAGCCGGGUCGUACCAUGUAACUUUCCUUGAAAUCGCCCGUGCUUUGGAGUCGAUAAAAUGCCGAGAAUACAAACCCUUGGAAAAGUAUGACGAUCACGUCUCCGAAACUGAGUUGAGAGCCGAGUUGUCGCACCUUACGGACCCAGGUGCCCCGCCUGACAUGGAUAUCAAGAAGAACAAGCUAAGCUAUAGAAUCUGGAAGAUCUUGCAUCUUAUGCAAGGCUAUGAGAGCCGGUAUGCCUUCAAAGUUGUUCUCGUCACAUCUCUCCUCUCAGUUCCCUCAUAUCUAAGUUGGGACAAGGUCUGGUGGGACGAAUACGAAGCUUGGUGGGCAGUCACCAUGAGCUGGCUCUUAAUUCAUGCUCGCGUAGGUGGUAACAUUCAAGAUCUAUUCGCAAGAGCCAUCUUAGUCAUUCUCGGUGCCGUAUGGGGUGGCGUUGCGCAUGCUGCUGGAGAUGGUAGUCCCUAUGUGGUUGCAGUUUUUGCGGCUAUUUUCAUGAUACCUAUGCUAUACCGGUUCACACUAAGCUGUCACCCGAGAUCUGGCCUUGCGGGGUGUUUAUCCUUUACAGUAAUUUCGCUACAGCUUCAAGCCGGCAAUCUCCCUUCAUCGCCCGCUCUAACUGCCACACUCAGAGGCGUCAUAUUCCUCAUUGGCACCAUCGCACCUAUCGUGGUCAAUUGGUGUCUGUGGCCGUUUGUCGCAAGGCACGAGUUGAGAAAAUCACUAUCUUCAAUGCUCCUCUUCCUUAGUAUCAUAUAUCGAAAUGUUGUGGCAAAAUACAUCUAUUUCGAAGAAGGAAAAGAGCCAACCCCUGAAGAUAUCGUCCGAUCCGAAAUCGUCGAGGGGCGCAUUAGAGAAGGUUUUGUAAGGAUCAGACAACUUCUCGUCAUGACGCGCCAUGAAGUUCGCCUCCGCGGCCCCUUCAAUCCCCUCCCAUAUUCCGGCCUUGCGGACUCAUGCGAACGCUUCUUCGACUACCUCAUAGCCGUUCGACAGUCUGCCGUAUUCUAUAACCCAGACUAUAUCCGCGAUAAUCCAGUGGCAGCUCAGCAUCUCUUGGGCUUUAGGCGAGAUGCCGUGGCUUCGAUUCUAGCCAAUUUAUACAUCUUCGCUGGCGCAUUGAGAGCAGACCGCAAAGUACCCCGCUACCUACCCAGCGCCGCUGCAGCCCGACGAAGGCUCCUCGUAGAAACAGCAGCCGUGGAAGACUCAAUGGCCCAUCACAGCGAAGCGAGUGACAUAAGAUGGCAUAAGAAAUGGUGCGACAUAUACAGCUACUCGUACAACGAGAGUCUUACCGGCUGCGUCGCACAGCUGGAAGAACUAGAGAAGUUUACCAAGCUGAUUGUGGGCGAGCAAGGCUUUGACGCCGAAUGGAAUUUCUUAGAGCCGUAUGAGGACGACGACGACGACGACGACGACGAUGAUGAUGAUGAUGAUGAUGAUGAAGACGAAGAAGAUGACGAGCACAAUCAUCAUGAAGAUAACGAUUAA